GCCGGGCCGGGCCCCGGAGGCGGCUGCGGGCGGCGCCGGGACCGAUGGGGGUCGGGGCCGAGGAGCCGGGAGAUGGCGGAUGAGGCUGUGGGAGCCAGCAGUGCUGGGGAGUUCAAAGCCAGCGCGGAGCAGCCCCUGCUGAUGCCCAAAUGAGGAAGCAGUGCCAUUUAGUUCUCCUGGGACACCACAAAGCAAUAUGAAACCUGCUCAUGAGAGAAGCCAGGAAUGCCUUCCCCCAAAGAAACGAGACCUUCCUGUCACCAGUGAGGAUGUGGGGAGGGUAGCCAGCUGCUCUACCAAUCACACGCCAGUGAGCGCUACCCCAGAGUGGUGCAGGAGCGUGGUGGUAACUGGACAGAGCCAAGCACCGUUACGAUACAGCCUUGGCAGUGAUGGUGAUCAAGCAGUAGCUGGCCUGACUGUGGAUCAAUAUGGCAUGUUAUACAAAGUGUCUGUGCCUCCAGCCACCUUCUCUCCCACUGGCCUCCACCCAGUUGUGAACAUGAGUCCUCUGCCCCCUAGCUUUAAUGUAACCUCUUCCCUGAUUCAGCAUCCAGGGAUUCCAUAUCCCCCCAUCCACUAUGCUCAGAUUCCCUCUACGUCUCUUCAGUUUAUAGGGUCACAUUACACAGUGCCCUAUGCUGUGCCCCCCAGCUUCCUCCCUAGUCCUCUUCUAUCACCUUCUACCAGCCUCACCGCCUCUCAUGUUCCCCGUUUUGUGCCAUAUGCCUCUCUUUUUACAGAAGAUGCCACUCCUUCCUCUCAGACUACCUCUCCUUCCCAUGCUUUCAGCAAAGCUGCCGCUGUCAUCUCCCCUUCAGGCCAAAUGCAGCACCAUGCUGGAGUCCAGCCACUGGACAUCACACAGAGUAGAGUUCCUGUCUAUUACCAGAUGUCUCGGCUCCCACCAGGUUAUUCAGCAUAUGAGACCUCCACUGUAGGACAAAGCCCAGAUCCUCCUCUGCAAGAAAGUCAACUGAGUUCAGAGGUAGCCUCUGCCAAUGGUGGACAGAGACAUCUGGAGCAUAGUGUGGUGAGGAGGGCCAAUGAGGCUUUGGCCUCUGCCAGCAAUAAAGCUGAAGGCCCGCAGCCUGGAGCUGCAGUGCAGUGUGUGGUGGAUGGACAGCUCUUUUCAGGUUAUCAGACUCUGAGAACAGAAGACUCUGUACCAGCUCACAGAAGCACGCCAGACACUGACUUGGAGGUGCAGAGAGUGGUUGGGGUGUUGGCUUCUCAGGAUUACUCGAUUCUGGCAGCCCAGAGAAAGGAUGGCCUGAGCCCUUUAAACCUUUGCCAUAAUAUCCCUGAUCAGCAGGGGGACUCCAGGGGCUUGCUGAGGAACCCAGUGGAAACAGCUGAGAAAAACCAGGCCAGGAGUCCAUAUGUGAUGUCCCCUGAGGAACCGGUUAGACACAGACAGUUACCCAAAGGAAUGGUGGUAGCCAAUGGCAAGCCAGUCUUGGUGCGUAUUGGGUCUGAGCCCAUCAGGUCUUCUGCUUCAGAAGUCCUGAUGAGACAGAGUCCAGAUGCACAGACCCGUGGAAGCUCACAUGACAAGGACUUAACCCAGUUGCAUCCCCCCAGCUCCUCACAUCUGCCCUCCCAUUUCAUGAAAGGAGCCAUCAUACAGCUGGCCACAGGGGAGCUGAAGAAGGUGGAAGACCUGCAGACCCAGGACUUUGUCCGGAGUGCUGAGGUUAGCGGGGGCCUGAAGAUUGACUCCAGCACGGUGGUGGAUAUCCAGGAGAGCCAGUGGCCUGGGUUUGUCACAUUGCAUUUUGUGGUUGGGGAGCAGCAGAGUAAAGUGAGCAUUGACGUACCCCCUGAGCAUCCCUUCUUCGUGUAUGGCCAGGGCUGGUCCUCCUGUAGCCCAGGGCAGACCGCUCAGCUCUUUGCUCUGCCUUGUCACAGGCUGCAGGUGGGCGAUGUCUGCAUAUCAAUCAGUUUACAGAGCUUGAAUGGCAACUCUGCUUCUCAGGCUAACUGCCCUCUUGCAGACCAGCUGGUGCCCACCAGAGAGAGGCCCGAGAGAACAGGUCAGGGACCCAGAGAGCCAUCUGACACAGCCAGUGAGAGAGAGAAUCAGACAGAAAGGGACAGUGCAGCCCAGAUUUCCUGUGCAGAGUCCUCCCAGCCUGACCCUAGUGCUCAGCACUGCUGGACAGGCCCAGGCUUCCAAAGAUAUAGCUUGCAGGGGGAGGAGUCUCAUCUAUCCCUGCUUCGUCCCUCUUUCAUUCCACAGGAGGUCAAGCUGUCCAUCGAAGGGCGUUCUAAUGCAGGGAAGUGAUCUCUUUGAGGCCACGACCUGGGAUGUCACCCAUGAGUGAGCCUUGCUUUUUUCAGGUGGAGAAUUUGCACAGAUUGAGUGGUGGGUUCACCAGCCCAGCUGCUCUUUGCCGUGCAGAGCUGGAUUUGUUCCAGUUCAGUUGUUGAUCACUGAGGAAUCUAGAGGGCUCCAGUCCUCAGGGAGCAGCAGCAAUGGGCUAACUAAGGAUGGAGGACAGGGGAUGUGGUUGUGAUCGUGUGACUAGAAGCAUUCCAGAGGUUGGGACUUUCACACAUCUGUCUUAGUGCCCGAGUUUCCUGCAGGGCAGAGUCUGAGCAUUCAGGAUGGGUGGGGGAGUCAAGAAGAGCAGACCCAAAAAGCCACAGCUUAAGGUAGCAGAUAAAAUGUCUGAAGUUCUUAUUCCUCUUUUCAUGGUGGGAAGGGGUGAGUCCUCACUGGGAUUCAGAGGACACUGCUCUCAGCACCCCCUUUCUUCACACAUGCACUUUAAAAGGAAACUUCUUCACAAAUGGAGCUGUUUGUGACGUGGGGAUGGAGACGCAGGUGCUGCUCUGGUGGCCUCUGCUUGAUGUGUCUCCUCCACUGAAUCCUAUUGGGCUUUCUUCUAGCAAAGCAUCUGUAGAAAGAGACUGCAGUGAAUAUUAGAAAUUGGAGAGGAAGGUCCUAGAGGAUGGGUAGGGAGUAAUUGAACAGGGAACUGGGGAAGGGCCUACAGCAGCUGGAAUAGGGUAUGAGUCGUAGUUGGUUCCCCACUAUACAGAUACCUAUGUAAUUAUUUGUCACCAAAGCUAAGUCUAAUUAUAGCAUUUCCUAGUGGUAAUUGCUGUAAUAAAGGUGAUAUGAAGACUGCA